AUGUACAAGGCACGGUUCAAGGAGUGGGGCCUCGAAAAGAAUGUGACAGCAGCAAAGGUACACAAGCUGAUGCAGAAGGUGGAGGAGGCGGGCCGAACAGAGGGGAGCCCGUCAAGAUCUGGCGGAAGAAUCGGCAGCGAGCGGGUCGUGUUGGAUGUGGGCGAGGACCUGGACGUGCGACGUAUUCAGAAGUAUAUGAAGCGCAAGCCUGCGGGGCUUGAUAAGCUGCCGGCAGCGUCCAAGAGAUCGCUGGAGGUGAUCAAGUCCUUGUCGGUGGACGGUGGGAAGGGAGGCUCUGGCCGGGUGAAGGUGUCAAUCCCUGUGGUGAAGCUUCACCAGCAACGCGAGCAGAGCCCGUCGGAGUUUUCGCUGUCAACCUUCUCCGUGGACUGGCCUUCAGGACCGGACCUGCCGAGCGACAUCAUCGGGCUGCUCCAAGCCUUCAUAGACCACCAUUUCGACUGCCCGUACCCCUUUACAUCAAUUGGAAACUCGACAGUCAUGCAGCUAUGCCGGCAUGACGAGACGAUGUUGGACAUCGCCCUCAAGUUUCGGAUCGCGCACAUGCUUCUGGACAAUGGGUUGGCGAGUGAGUGCAUGCGGAUCGUCAACGCACAGCACGCAAGCCCUUUCGACACACGGCCGGCGACGCAGCUGAUUCUGUGGGCUCUGUCGAUAGAGUCCGAGAUGAUGAGUGAUUUCAGGCACUCGUCGAACAAGGUAGUCUCGCAAAUGGUUUCGGAGCGGCUGGCAACUCUCUGUGCCGGAUACCAGCCCACGAUGGCAGAACUGGCCAAGCGGGUAUCCCAGCUCAGAUCGCCUGGGCAGACAGCGAUUUUGAAGCUGGCGAGAUGUUCGAUCUCGCAAGCACUGUCCGUUGCUGCCGAGUACGAACCUGCAUUCGAGACAUAUUCCAAGACAGUGGAGAUUGCCGAGAGCCCGCUGUCAGCCGAAUACAAGUUUCAAGCACUCCAAAGAAUCACAAGCAGCCCGAUGGUGCGUAGCUCGCCAUUCUUGGAAGGGUGGGUGGAGAGCCGCAUAGCUCUGUCAGCAGCCGAAUCGACAUCUCCAUCGGUCGAGGCGCUGCAGUGGUACGGUGAAGGCUCGUCCCCGUCGUGGCUGGCUCAGGGACAUGGCAAGAUGGAAGAAGUGAUUAACGCCCUAGAGGUCAGAUGUAACUGGCACAAGGCGGCAGGUAACUGGCAAGUGGCACAGCAGCUUGAGAGCCGGUAUGGGUCGAUAGUCCAAACCGUGUGGGGUUGCAACGAGACUGCGCCGCAAGGCAUGGGAGGCAACCUCGACAUCUGCUGGAGCUCCUCCGAGCCCAUGACGAGCUCCUUGGCGCCGGUAGAGCCGGGCGGUUUCCACAUGGCGGCCCCUGACAUGACGGUCAGGAUGGGUCAUGUGGUGGGUGAUAUUCCAGGCGAGAUGCCAGGCUGGGAAGAGAUCCAGCCGUCGCCCCAGCAGCAGCAGCAGCAGCAGCAUCAAGCCCAGAUGUCGUCGCAGGGAGGGUCUUCGUCGACAUCUCCUUGGAGUGCAGCAGAUGCAAGUCAGUGGCAGAUGGACCCCGACUUUGGGACAGACCGGGGGAGGUAUGGUGGUUCAUAUUGA